GGGCUUGAUCUAAGACUCGCCCAUCUACAAAGCACAAACACGUUCCUUUUCUCUCGUUCUCUGUUUUCAAAUGGAGGAGUCAGGCCACAAGGAGCUUCAGCUUCUACCUUCAUCUCUCAUGGCGUCGUCCGAUUCUCCUUUCUUACAAUUCCGAUCCGCGCUGUCGACGUCGUCGUCGUCGUCGUCCUCUACUGAAGGUGCGCCGCGCACGCCCUCACUGGACUUACAGUUGUCAAUCAGCCUAAGGCCAAUACAGCCGCCUCCGGAUUGCGAAUACAAGUGCGGCGACAGCGGUAGUGGAUUGAGCGUAGAGGCGAUGAAGUGGCAAUCGGCGGAGCAGAUUCGUCUGGCGGCGAUGGAGAAGGCGUACGCGGAGAGAGUGAGGGAGCUGACGAGGAGGGAGAUAGAGAUGGCGCAGUCGGAGUUCACACGUGCGAGGCACGUGUGGGAGAGAGCGAGGGAGGAGGUGCAGAGAGCCGAGAGAAUGAAAGAGAGAGCCACCGUUAAUCACAUUGGCUCUUCGUGCAUGGAGAUCACCUGCCAAUCUUGCAGGCGAAGGUUCAGGCCUUGAAAUUACUCUUUGCUCGCUUCAACCUCCGUUCACAACUUCUACUGAUCAAUUCAGCAGUGCUUGAUUUGAAUUAAAUACAAAUGAGUGUUCACUUGCUGACUUUAAA